CGCGGCUACCCUGGCUAACUUCUUGUAAAAGCCACGUCUCCGACAGGCAGUGUCUUUUGGGGAUAGAAUACGGUUCGAAUUUGAUUUUGAAAGAAGCACCGUGAUACACGAUGCUACCAAAGUUCCUUAGCUUUCUUUUCUUGGUCUUCGUCACCGUCCUAGCCGAGGAAAAAGACGUGUUGGAGCUUACGGACGAAACUUUCAGCCAUGAAUUAGAGCGGCUCGAGAACACGCUUGUUAUGUUUUACGCACCAUGGUGCGGACAUUGCAAACGAUUAAAGCCAGAAUAUGCAAAAGCUGCUGAACUGCUCUUGGGCAAUGAUCCCCAAAUUACUCUUGCCAAAGUAGACUGUACAGAAAGUGGAAAGGACACUUGCAACAAAUAUUCUGUCAGUGGCUACCCAACACUGAAAAUCUUUUCUAGAGCUGAUUUUGUUAGUGAUUACAAUGGACCUAGAGAAGCUGCAGGCAUUGCUAAGUACAUGAAGGCACAAGUUGGUCCAGCAUCCAAAGAAUUAACUGGAGAAAGUUGUUUGAAAUCAUUCUUGGAAUCUGAUGAAGUAGGUGUUGUUGGUUUCUUUGAAGAAAAGAGUUCAUCAUUGGCAACAUCUUUCCAUGCUGUUUCUAAGAAGCUUAAAGAAAAAGUCAGAUUUGCUCAUACAACCUCUAAGUCACUUUUAGAAAAGGAGGGACACAAAAAUACCAUUGUUCUGUAUAGACCAAAAGUAUUGCAAAACAAAUUUGAAGCAAGCACUGUGAAAUAUGAAGAGUCUGUGGGUGAUAUUGAAGAAUUCAUUAAUAAAAAUUACUUUGGUAUCGCCGGUGUUCGUACGCGUGACAAUGUUGCAGAAUUCAAAAAUCCAUUGGUUGUUGCGUACUAUGCCGUGGAUUACGUCAAGAAUCCUAAGGGUACAAAUUAUUGGCGCAACAGAAUUAUCAAAGUUGCUAAAGAUUUUCCCAAUUUGAACUUUGCCAUUUCUUCCAAGGAUGACUUCCUACAUGAGUUGAACGAUUUUGGAAUUGACUUUGUUAAGGGCGACAAGCCUGUUGUUCUGGCAAAGAAUGCCAAGAAUCAGAAGUUCGUUAUGCAAGAUGAAUUUUCGGUCGAUGCAUUCGAAAAGUUCUUGAAGGAUUUGGAAGCAGAUUCUCUGGAAGCUUAUCUGAAAUCUGAGGCAAUUCCUGAAGAUAACACUGGAAAUGUUAAGGUCGCAGUAGCCCGAAACUUCGAUGAUAUUGUUACAAACAACGGCAAAGAUACAUUGAUCGAAUUUUAUGCUCCUUGGUGCGGUCACUGCAAGAAAUUGGCACCUGUUUACGAUGAAUUGGGCGAUAAACUUGCAGAUGAAGACGUUGAGAUCGUGAAAUGCGAUGCCACCGCAAAGGACUCCAAGAACAGUCCUGUAAAAUACGAAGGUGGCAGAAAACUCGACGACUUCAUCAAGUAUAUUGCCAAGCACGCGACUAACGAGCUUAAAGGAUUUGAUCGCAAGGGCAAGCCUGUGAAGCCGAAGAGCGAUGAAUUGUAAAUUUUCCUCAUAUCCGAUACGGGAUUGUUUACUACAUUUUUUAUAAUAUGUCUCAGCAGCAAAACCUGGAGUGAAAUUUUUCUUGUGUGACUUAUGAGUGUGACGAAAGUGAGGUAACAUUAAAAAUGUAAAGGCUAAAAAAUUUUUCUAGUACCAGAGACAAUUGAACGAAAGAAAUAGAAUACCUUCAAUAACGCGUACUGCAUUUAUUUUACAGAGCAUUUGGAAGCAAAGUGAAGUAUAAUUAGGAUAGGAUUGUCUAUAUGUAUUAUGUAACUUUAUAAUAAUGUAUAUCAUGUAAAACCAAUGCAGAACUGAUUUAGAAUUAUCAUGUCAAAGUUUUCCA